CAUCCAGCGAUUUGUGAUUAUUUACAGGAGAAAGUUAAAGAAAACGGGGAAAAAAAAAUACUCUGAUGCUCUUGCUCAGAAAAACUAUUGCCGCAGUCGGAGGCUACUUCAAAUCAUCUGUUGUGAAUCAAGCUUUUUACUCUAUCAAAUGAACAUAACCAUCAGUUAGAACUCAGAAGAAAGAAAGCCACUGAAAUGGAAAUAAAUGCUAAGGCAACAGUGGCUCCGAGUAUAAACAGUAAUCUAUUGAUGUUCCUCAACUCCAAGCCUCACCUAGCACUAGAAUCUCCCGUUUCAGUUUGCUGCGGUUGCAGGAGGAACCCCAAUGCACGCCUGCGUUUGUCCGCCCGUUGCAGCUCUUCGGCGACGGUCACAGCCACUGUCACCGAGGAAGAAUCCCAACAAGCUCCCUCCAAAUCCGUGGCUCGCCGCCUUAUUCUCCUCCGUCAUGCUAAGAGUUCUUGGGAUAACCCUUCAUUGCGAGAUCAUGAUCGACCUCUGAGCAAAGCUGGAAAAGAUGAUGCUGUCCAAGUCUCUCAAAAGCUCCAACAGCUUGGUUGGAUUCCUCAGCUUAUUCUAUCCAGCGAUGCAACACGGACUAGGGAAACGCUUAAAAUAAUGCAGGAGCAAGUGACAGACCUUUUGGACGCUGAGGUCCAUUUCAUUCCAAGCUUCUAUUCAAUUGCAGCGAUGGAUGGCCAGACUGCUGAUCAUCUUCAGCAAGCUAUCUGCAGAUAUUCAAGCGAUAAGAUCCAUACAGUCAUGUGCAUGGGACAUAAUAGGGGGUGGGAGGAGGCAGCCUCAAUGUUUACUGGUGCCUCUGUGGAACUGAAGCCAUGCAAUGCUGCUUUGCUUGAAGCUACUGGGAAAUCCUGGGAAGAGGCUUUUGUGUUAGCAGGACUCGGUGGGUGGAAGCUCCAGGGUGUUGUAAAACCAAAUAAUAACCUGUAGCAUUUACAAGAAAUUUUGAAUACCUUCCACGGCAUUGACACCUCCGUCCCCUCCUUUCUGAAAAGGAUAGAAGAUGCGAUUUUACAUUUUGGUUAAUGAUGGUAAUUGUGCAUGUUUACUGGCUGUACCAAUUUGUCGUGCUUUUUGAUCUUACAGACCUUUGAUUUAGUCUGGAAAAACAAUAUCAUGAGCCUGCUCAAGAAACAUGCUGUGAAGAGUUGGGCAUGCCAGCCUACACGUGUUCUUUUUUGUGCAUGUUGUUGAGGCAGAUUGAUCUGACUGGUCUCCGUUUCUUCAGCACUCUUGUUGAUUAUUGAAUUUGAAAUGACAAAUCAAAGAGGCUAUUUUUUGUCCCCUA